GCCAUCGGCUUUGUAGAUGCUGACCACAAAGGGACACAUCCAUGGACAGUACCAUCGGUCUCCAGGAAAGGUCGGUGACGGCCGUCUGUCAAAUAGCCUUGUUAGCCCGGUAGUGUGACGGUGCCGGGCAGAAUAGUUCCGUUGUGACCCGCUCUGGAUUGACACAAAACCCAUACCUACCCGUACUGUUGUCGUCCUGGCCCGGUGAUACCGGGAAAUCACCGAUCUUCCUUUCCGCAUCAGGGCUGAUCACCCGCCUCAGUUGUGGUGUUAUGCAACCGGUGGCAUUAGCCGGCGACCAAAAGACCGCCGUGUCAAGUACAAGCUGCUCCCAGCCAGCCGUCAUCCUCUCUGACGACACCUCCAGUCUGCGGUCCAGCACGAAACCAACGACAGCAUAAUGGGAACAACCAAAACCCUCCGGCAGCUCGCCGCAGCAGCGACCGCCCUCUUCCAACUCCAAUUCCAAUUCCACUUCCACUACGCCCUCGCCCUGCCGCAAGCGGGCACCACCGUCCCCGCGGCGGCCGUGCCAUGGGUAACCGUUGACCCCUCCGGCGGAGCCUCAACCGUGACGCCAGUCGUCUUCACAACCGAAGGGCAGCGCACAACCGUCCAGGAAGCCCCCGCCAGCCUGCUAUCCACCGCAACCUACACCCUCUCCCCACCCGGCCGCCCAGCAUCCACCUACACCGGCCUGGCCCCAGUAGCCUCAGCAACAGGCAGCGCGGCCGAUGGCGUGUUCCUUGCGUGCGGCAACGCCAACAACGUCGGGCCUGACGAGCCGUUCUGUCUGCCGAAAAGUGGGAGUGUGUUGUACCCGGGACGGACGUACUACAUAACCUGGUCACCCUCUUACUUCUCCCCCGCCUCCACACCGCUCGCUCUCCAAGCCACCUUCCCCCCAUCCUCCGUAGGCCUGACCAUCGCCGGCCCGUUCCCCGCAAGCCAGGGUUUCUACGCCUGGUCCAUCCCAUCCGACUUCCUCUCUUCCCGCACCGCAGAACAGCUCAACCUGACCUUCACCCUCGUGCAAAACGACACGUCCACACCCGAGGGCAACGACAUCCGAACAUACGGUGGACCCACCGUUUACCUAACCCCCUCCUCCUCACCAACCGGCAUGGGCCCGUCCGGAUCAGGCGGGACACCAACCAACACAAUAGUAGCCAUCGCCGUCCCCGUAGUCGUCAUCACCAUCCUCCUCCUCUUCAGCGGGCUCUGUUUCCUCUCAUAUCGACGGCACGGCACAAUCCCGCUGCUCAGCACCCUUCGCAAACGGCGACCAACCGUUGGCGGUGGUAUUGGAGGCGGUGGUGGAGCGGGGUAUGGUGUGCGGCAGAGCCGGGCCGAGCGGAUGGGAACCGGGGCGGCGUUGCCGGGGGAUAAUAAAUCCGAGACGGAUGUUGGUGGGGUGGAACUCACGGACCGAGACAGCUGGUCGCCUACCUAUACGGCGAGGAGUGCGGCGGGCGGCGAGGGAAGGGGGAGGAAUGUGUUCCGGGAGGAGCUUGCAAGGCAGGAGAGUCUGAGACAGGGGAGGAUGGGGUGAUGCAGUGGUGUGGAAGGGAUGAGGCCGAGUCCAUGGUGCUUUCGAUCCCCCUGUGAACUCCUCCGUACGGGCGUCUUGUUCUGUGCGACGAGACUUGGUCAUAUCUAAAUUAGUUCUUGCUUGGUUGCGGAAUGCUGAGGAUGGCAACUUGCGAACUAGAAUAGGACGUUACUGCCCGCUGUACCCCUCAGCAACCCGUCACUUCUCAGUCAGCCGCCGCCAGCCAGAGUGAUUAGAGAUGUAUUGGUAUCUGCAUGCUACUAGGAAGUUUCAUCAUCGGGGUCGCCCGAUUACAAGGAUACAGGCUUCUGGUCGUUGAGCCACAAUUACUCCCG